AUGGCCGACGCUGCUCCCCCAGACAUCAACAUGACAGCUUCUGUCGCAGAAGCAUCCAGGCCACCACCUGCAGAAACUCCUUUUCGCCCAGUAGCGGCGCCCUUUCCAGCAGCACCCGCGGACGAGCCUUUGCCAGAUGCCAUGGCGGCGCAACCACCACCACCGGCGCAAUCAGAGGCAGACCGCAUGCCCCCCACGCCAGUAUCCGAUGAGCCUGGCGCCGAGACACGACCUGGACCUAUCGGUGACAGACCAGCUGCUCUGGACAACGAGCAAGAUAGUGAGCUCAGCGACCCGGACAGCACCGUUCGGACACCCCCACGUGGAACUGGAUUGAGGGAAGAGAUUGUCGUAGGGGCCAAGGACAACAGAACACCAACGCAGGCCGACCACGACGGUGACGCGGCCAUGGCGGAUGCGGAUGAGGAGCCCGCGACAUCUCACUAUCCCAAGAGGAAGCGCACAUCCAUCUUCAACGAUCUCAGCGAGAGCAAGAUUGAGAUUCCCACCUCCAUCCGCGCCGAGCGGCCGGAGCGCACAGCCCUGCCCGCCGCGUCCAGCAAGCCCAAGCCGCGCAACAGCCUCGGCGGCGUCAAGGGCGUACUGGUCGGCCACUGGCGCGACUCGCAGGUGCCGCAGCUCGAGAACAAGCACGCCGUCAUCGGCUUCAUCGACGUCCGCGACCGACUGCGCACCCGCAUCCAGCCCAUCAACAAGGACGGCGAGGCCAUCUCGUACGAGUAUCCGCUGCCGCCGGGGCCGGGCGGCAGCUGGGUCACCUUUGACCGCAUCUACUUCUCCGACCACCUUGUCGGCCUCGACCACUUCCAGGUCAAGGAGUACGUCCGCAUGCGCGCCGCCGCCGUCGAGGACACGGACGAGGAGCGCCUCGCCGCCGAGGCCGAGGCGGUCAAGCUGGCCACCGUCCGAGGAAGGGAGCUGCUGCAGAGUGAGAAUCCUGUCGUCGCCCCUCUGAUCGCACACGGUGCCAUCCCGCUCGAUGCCAGCGGCAACCCGGCGGCCAUUGACACCAAGCGACGACGAACCAGCUCCUCCUUUGUCGCCAUCGCGCCGCAAGACGCCGACGCAGCGUCCGCCGCAGCCGUAGCGACAUCGCAGCACCCGCUCGCGCUCGACCCCCUGCACGGCACGCGGCCGACGCGCAUCGUGCUCGGCUUCUGGCGAGGCUCCAGCGAGGCGGCGCCGCUCGACCGCCACGCCGUCUACGGCAUCCUCGGGCAAAACGACAUGUUCCGCGUCAAGGUCGUCCGCGAGACGCGCGAUGGCCGCUACGUCGACGGCAACUUCCCCUCGGGCGCCGGCGCGCUCUGGAUUCACUACGACGAGGUCGAGUUCGAGCCGCACAUCAAGAGCCUCUCGCGGCCCGAGAUCAAGGAGUACUGCCGCAUCCGCCAGUACCAGGUCGACCACGGCGAGACGGUCGGCGAGCGCCGCGCCAACGAGCUGCGCGCCGCCGACGAGGCCCGCGUCCGCGCCACCGCCUACCUCCCCACGCACCACCUGCAGGGCGCCACCGCCGCGUCCAAAGCCUCUGCCGCCUCGUACCCGCAUGCGGAAGCCGAUGGCGCGACUGCAGACGACGGCGGCGGUCGUGCUUCCGGCGGCCACGAACUGCGCCAGCUGCGCCGCGCCGCCGCCGACGCCAGGCCCGCCCGGCACUCGCUCGGCGACAUCGAGUCGGCGGGCAUCACGACGACGACGACGACCAACGGCGGGGGUGGCAGCAGCGGCAGCACCCCGCACAGUGUGCAGAGCGGCGAAGCGCUCCUCGAGCGCGCCAACGCACUCGCCCGGCGCGAGAUUGCCCGGGUCGAGGCCGCGCAGGGCCGCGCCGACCGCCACGCCGUGCACCGCGAACGCGCCGCCCAGGCAGCCGACGCGGCAGCAGCCACGAGCCCGCCCCUGACCAACGGCGCCGCCUCCCGCGGGCUGUUCCACGAGUCCGAGGACAUUGAGCGCCUCAACCGCGUCUGGGCCGCGCAGGAGUCGCUGCGGCUGCGCGGCGGAUCCGAGGAUGCAAAAGUGUACGACGGCGUCAAGUACGAGCGCAAGGGCACCGGGCCGUUCAUGGGAAAGCUCGUGUCGCAGGGCACCAUCAUCACGAUUGACGGCGACGACUAUGUCGAGUACCGCGUGCUCACCAAGCCAUCCUUUUUCUGA